AUGCCUAAAAGUAAGAAGAAAUGUGGGAGACCAUCAAAAUCUGAUAAUUUUGAUGAGAUUGAAUAUGAAGAUGAAGGAUAUAUUGCUACAAAUAAGUUUUCUUUGGAAUUACUAUAAUUGAUCACUGAAAUGGCUAAUUAUAAAAUACUUACAAUAACAGGACCACAGAAAAAAGAUGAUGAGAAAUCAGAUAAAUAGUUAGAUAUUUAGGAUAAAAUAAAUUAGAAAAAAAAAAGUCUAAAAAAUAGAAAGGAAAUCGAAAAGAAAUAAAAUAGUUUAAGAAAAUAACUUGAUAUUAAGGAGGAUAAAGUAUUUCUUUUGAGAAAUCAAGAUGAAAAUCCAAGAAAAUAUCAAUUAUUAAAUGGAAAAUUGAUUGAAUGUGUUAAUACAUCAUUAAAUAAUAAUUAUAUGGAUUAAAAUGAAUAUAUUUAAGGAAAUAAGUUUUUGAAUAGUAUCUUAAAAGUUUGUAAUGAGUUGAAUCAAGAAACAUAAAUGUUUAUAAACUAAUUAGUUAAAAUAUUCAAUAGAUCUGAUAAAUCAUUAAAACAAUUUUAAGAAUAAUUUUUUGAAUCAUUUAAAUCAUCAUCUAAUCUAGAUUAUAAAGAAAUUAAAUAAUGGAAUUAAUUAUUUGAAAUCUCAUUUGAUGAAAAAUUAUCAUUGGUAUAGAAUGAGAUAGAUUAAUUUAAAAAUAGAUUUUGUAAGUAUUAACAUUAAGAUGAAUAUUUAAAGAGAGUUUAUUAAAAAAGAAUAAAAGUACUAAAUAUUCAAUAAGAAAAUCUUGAUUAAUUAAAAAAUAUACAAAAACCUGAUCGACCCUUGUAAUUAUUUAUAAGAAAAAUAUAUUGUUUAUUCCAUAAAUUUUGGAAUUUAGAAGAUUAUGAAUAAUGA